UCGAACAAACUAUAUGCGAAGCCGAACACAUUCUAUUGGCUGGCUGGUGGACAGACCGCUACCUCGGAGGCGUUCCAUUUGCAAUAAUCUGGAGACAGCAAGUUUAUCUGUCAGGAAAGGGCUUUGUCGUAAGUUGCUACUGCCACACUUCCAAACACGUUAGGAGUACGCGUGGCUGGUGCUGGCUGCUGUCAUGGACCACAUUAAAGACGGCUGGUUUACGGAGUCGUGCGCAUUAUGGCCGGGCCAAGCAAUGAGCCUCCAAGUGGAAGAAGUCCUCUACCACCAGAAAUCCAAAUUUCAGGAUGUUAUGGUUUUUAAAAGUAAAACUUACGGGAACGUGUUGGUACUGGACGGGGUGAUCCAGUGCACAGAGAGGGAUGAGUUUGCUUAUCAAGAGAUGAUCGCCAACCUGCCUUUGUGCAGCCAUCCUUGCCCAAAGAAGGUGCUGAUCAUUGGUGGAGGAGAUGGAGGUGUGCUCAGGGAGGUGGUGAAACAUCCACUGGUGGAAUCCGUGGUUUUGUGUGAGAUAGAUGAGGAUGUCAUUAAUGCAUCAAAGAAGUAUCUCCCAGGAAUGGCCAAAGGCUUUUUCAGUCCGAAGCUCACACUCCAUAUUGGUGACGGCUUCGAAUUCAUGAAAGAAAACCAGGAUGCAUUUGACAUCAUUAUCACUGAUUCCUCAGAUCCAGUGGGACCUGCUGAGAGUCUGUUUAAGGAGUCUUACUAUAAGCUAAUGAAGGCAGCACUGAGGAAUGGUGGUAUUCUCUGCUCUCAGGGAGAGUGUCAGUGGCUACAUUUGGAGCUGAUAAAAGAGAUGCAGACCUUCUGCAAAACCCUCUUCCCUGUGGUGGACUACGCUUACAGCACCAUCCCAACUUAUCCCAGUGGCCAAAUUGGAUUUAUGCUGUGCAGUAAGAAUCCUGAAACUACCUUCAGGGAACCGGUGAAAGCUCUGUCAAAGGAAGAAAUGGAAUCUAUGAGCCUUAAAUAUUACAACCCUGAAAUUCACAAAGCAUCAUUCGUCCUCCCUGAGUUUGCGAGAAAGGUUCUCAACGAAGCCUGAGCUGCCCCAGCAGACAUGCUCCUCCUCUGCCUGGCUCUGACCACAACCUUGUUCCAUGACCUCUCAACAUAGGACUCAAGAAAAGUCAGCUGGUGGGAACUCGCUGAGUUAUUAGCUUGUCGGAGUUUCCUUCCUUCUGUCUUAACGUCUUUUUGCUGGUUUUUUUUCCUCUGUUUUGUUGUCCAAUCAACAAUCUGUGGAUUGCAGUAUGAUAGGCCGGUCUGAGUGGGAAGACCAUUGCUAUCACAACCUGACCUCACUCUGGAAACAGUUUACCAUUUUAAUUGUUAUGUUACUUAUCAUGUGGCGUAUAUCUUAUACUGUACAUGUGAUGUUUUGCUGCAUAUUUGUCUGUGAUGUUUGUGUUCAAAUGAAAGUAUGCAGUGUCCACUCACCAUUACUGGGCAUUCAUGUUACUUAUUCUGUAACACCAGAAUCCUUUAGUGCCUGGUGUUUAGUACUACGUUACAGAAGGUAGGAAAAAACAUAUUAUGUAUCUGUCAUAAUAUACCUGACAGAGUCCUGCACAAAAUCUCAAGAGCUGAGAACAUUUUAUAUCACCAACUUAAUCUAAACACAUUUAACAGAUGAGCUUUGACCAUUAAAAUUAAAACAGCCUGUAUAAUUUCAAAUUAAAUAAUAAAAUUAGAUGUGUUUAUGGAGCUCUACAAUGCAAGAAAUGCCUUUUUUUUAAACAGUGAAUUCAUUAUGCAAUUAUAGUUUGCAGGACUGGGUGUUAACCUCUGGUAGUAUAUUUGCAUUGUAGUAAAUCCAUACUCUUACUACAGGAUACUAAUUGUUCCUCUUCAGAGGGAAAUUGAAUGCAUCACCUUAGGUAGUAAAUUAGCUUUUACAUGAAAUAACUAUUUGUUAGGUCAGCAGUAUGUUUGAGUCAUGUCAUACUUAGGCAAUGAACUUGUUUUUAUAAGACCUAUGAAUUCUAAUAAAAUUGGUAACAAACUUGA